CUCCAUUACCCCAUAUUCUCUAUUCCUCUCCCCUCCUCUCCCCUUUAAACCGCUCUAAUUCCUCCUAAUCCUCCCGAUGCGCAUCAGCCCCUUACCAUGAAGUCUGCUUCGAGCAAGCAUUUCUGUUGUACCAUCUGCCAGCGAGGUUUCACGCGCAUUGACCACCUCAAACGCCAUCACCUCCGACACUCCGGUGUCAAGCCUUACUCAUGCAUCUUUUGCAAUGAGUCGUUCGCGCGUUGUGACAAUCUGCGCGAUCACUAUACGGAUUGUGACAAGCGCGGGGACCAGAAGAUCCCGGAGACGGGCCAGAGGGGUAGACGACGACAUGCUUGCCAAUCGUGCACAUCAAUGAAGCUGCGAUGCGACGGUCAAAGUCCUUGUGGCUCGUGCCAGAAGAGGAAUCUGCCGUGCAACAAUGAGCGUAAGAAGCAAGCGACUGGCCUCGAGAUGGACGCAGCCGCGAAGUCGACGAAUUGCGAGGACUACGGUGGCACUUCCGAUCGCGGAUCGAUUAGCUUCCUGCUCAACGGUGGCUCCGACAGUUUUACCGAACAAUUUCGGCUCCCUCCCUGCAGCGACCGCAGCCGGGGCAUGAAAUAUCACACGCAGAUGGGUCUCAAGGAGGCUAGGUCUACCAUGUUGGACUACCAGAUGGAAUUGGGUCAAUUGGACAUCGCCCCUGCGUUCAUGGAAGCCGAUUCCGCAACACGCUCCUUCUUCCACGACAACUUCCUCGACUUUUUCAAUGGUCCGUUCGAAAGCCCGAAAGUCAUAGGCGCACCGGGCACGUCGCCGUAUAGCGCCAGGUCCGAGUUCAACGCGGGUCUCUCGCAAAGUCAAUUCAACGUGGCACAUCCCAAUGAACAGCCCUACGGCCCAGAACAGCCUUAUGCUGCUGCUCUGUCACACGCAAUUCUCUCGCGCGCAUGGAGUGUGCCCAUGGACACCAACGCGAAGCAGCGCUUGGCGGCCAAUGCUAGCUUCUUGUUGACCACAGCACGUAUCCAGAAGUUUGUAUGGAUGUAUGCUAAAUACUGGCAUCCGAGUUGCGCCAUGGUUCACCUGGCCUCGCUACAGCUGAAUGCCGUUCCGUUGCCUUUAUUAGCAGGGUUGGUAUUCAUGGGUGCUAUGUACUCAAACGAUGAACAGGAAACAUAUGCCGCCAAGCAACUUCUGGAUUUUGUGGAGCUGUAUAUCUUCUCAACCGAGGUCUUCUCGGCCGAAAGUGAUAUCGCCUCUAUGUUCUGCAAAGGAAGAACUAGCCCCCCAUCCGAACGAGAUGAUUGGAUUCAGUUUCUCAACUUCCAAGCGGGAUUCAUUAUUUGUAUUGUGCAAUACUGGUCCGGCUCUCGCAUGUCGCAUAAUCGAGCCAUGGAGAAUCGCUUUAGUGAAAUUACAAAGGUUGCUCGCCGAAUGAACCUUACCAAAUGUCGCCAUCAACAUCCCGAUGUUACCUCAGAGCAGCAAUGGAUCCAAACGGAAUGUCGCAUUCGAACUAUUUCCAUCAUCUCGCUUCUCGACUGUGCCUUUUGCUUCUUCCAAAACUAUCCAUGCCGUUUGUCUCAUGUGGAGAUGGAGUGUGACUUUCCCUGCGCAGAGGCGCUGUUUAAUCUCGAACAUCCAUACACAGAUAUGGGAUUCCACUAUUCGCGAGGGUUUACCAUCAAGGAGGCCUUCCAGAGUCUUUUCGAGGGUGCGAACGCUCCAAACACGUCGUUCCCAUUAUCCCCAGAUUCUUCAUCCAGUCCUAGCGGCAUUCUUCCUAACAUGAACAUUCUCGACAUGUUCAUUCUCAUUCACCUUCUUUAUGCCUUCAUCGACACCUACAUGACUCUUGCUUCCGUCACGAGGACAAGCCAGCGCCCCCUGCAGCCGCAAGUACAAUCCAACCAGCCUUUAGAUCCUUUAUCACCCGGCAAACCCCGAGUACAGAAUGCGCCUGAAGACUCGGUGCCAGGGUCUAUUCGUGUCGCACUGGCCCGCUGGCGCGAACACUGGCUGACGCUACAAAGUGCUGUGACCAACCAUGAGUGGGCAUCGAUGGGAUUCUAUAAGAAUGGGUACAAUUUCUGGCUGGUAUGUCACCUGCUGAUCACCAAAAAGGACAGUAUGGAUGUGGUCAUGCGCCUAGAGGUAAAGUGUGAGGAUAAGCUGGAGAAAUUGAAGGUCUUGCUGCAUGAUGACAGCGAUUGACCUAAUCCUAGAAGUAUUGCAUGUCUGGAUGCAAAGGAGGUUUGCUGGUCGCAUGGGGUCAUGAGCUUUAGUCUGUAUUGAUAUGGUGUUUGUGGUGUUUGGUGUCGCGGUCAUGAAUUGGACGGAAAAGGGGAGUGGUAGGGUUUUGUGGAGUUUUCUGCGACACUUAUGGAUAACUUCGGGGGCCCAUAUAUUAGCAAUCAUGUUUAGGGGUUUCAUAUUUCUCGCAGAGGGUUUAGACAGGGGAGUUUGGAUAACACCACUGCAAUAUAUUUUG